GUGGUCUUCACUGGCUUGUUAAACAUACCAGAUUUAACGCGGUUCACUAACAACACCCUGUCCCUCCCUCCACCUCUCUUCCUCACUCACAUUAUUGCUCUCAGUCUGGCUCACUAUUGCUUCAGCAUUCACUAGCGGGACGCCUGCAAGUUGGUUGGCAAGUGGUUCAGCUCAAGUAAAGUGUCCUGUUUUAUCUGACGUCUUUUCCUGAAGAUCCAUCUUCCACUAGCCCUUUCCUUGUGAAGAGCACAGCACAGUUUGGUGGUGGUCUGCAAGUGAAGAUGUCUCUCCCAGUGUCAUUGUCAGUGCUGAUAUGUCUGUCAGUUGUCCAGCUGUGUACGGGAGAUCAGCCUGUGGAGGAAGUCAUUGUGAAAAGAAAACAUAAUCUUUUGGGUGGCUGGUCUGAGAGGAGCCCAGAGUCAGCUGAGGUUCAGGAGGCAGCUCGACAUGCUGUGAACAUGUUCAACAAAGACUCCAAAAACAAGAGGAUGUUCAGACUGGUCUCUAUCACCUCUGCUGAGAGUCAGGUGACCAACAUGAUCAACUUUAAGAUUGAUGCAGUCCUGGGAAAAACUAUGUGUCUCAAAUCUGAAAAACCUGAUUUGAACAGCUGCAGUCUUGACAAAAAGCAAAGGAAGUGCCACUUUGAGGUGACUUUCAACCCCCGCAAGGGGACACAUGAGCUGAAGACACGAAAAUGCAGCAAACUCAGGGAGGAGGUCUAACUUUUUUUUAACAAAGUGAACAUUUUUACAGUUUAGCUCUAUGUAGCUUUGAAAGACUUCUUUCAUUGAUACAGUAUUGAUGUUUUUCAUGAAGAAAACCUUUUCUAGCUCGCUUUUCUAGUAGUGGAUGUGAGGGCUGAGAGAAGAUUAACAAGCUAUAACAGUGAUAUUACUGAAAUUAGUGUUGUGUAAUUAUUACGUCUUGUUCCUCAUUCACUUCUUUUAUAUCAUUUUUAUUGUUUUAUGGUUUGAUGUACUGUCUGUGCACUAGAUGCCAUUGUCAUAAACAUGUAAAACAACAGAUUUUUGCUCAUUUGAGUGAUUAAAAAAAAAAAAAAAACCCUCACCAUGAUAAA